AUGGAGAAAUCGGCUGAGGUGCAUGCUGUGGCUAUUGGUAAUGGAUCUUCCAUAGAUCAACAUAAAUCCCACGCUUGGACAAAAGGUUGUCGGGUAGGGGUUGGAGUCAGCAGAUCUGGGGAUGGGUUUAUGUGGACUUUGGAGGCCAUUGCUGUUGCUGCUGCUGACGCUGUUGGUGACAUUGCUGAUGAAGCACUCUUGCCUCAAUUCCAAGUGGAUUUUGCUAUUAUUCUUUCACGGAAUCCAUCUUUUGUUUAUGAGCUCAACUUUGAAAUCUGCAACAAUUCCAGCUUUUCAGAUGAGUCUGAUCGCUUGGCGUUACUUGACUUCAAGAGUCGGAUUAGUGAAGACCCACUUCAAAUCAUGAGCUUGUGGAAUGACUCCACCCAUUUCUGCAGCUGGUUUGGUGUUACAUGCAGCCCCACCAGUACAACAGUCACAGUUCUGAACCUGAAAGCUCAAAGACUGUCUGGCUUCAUAACACCUUCUAUUGGAAAUCUUACUUACCUUAUUGGAAUCAACCUGAGAAACAAUAGCUUCUAUGGUGAAAUUCCUCAAGAACUGGGAAGACUACGGCACCUGCACCUGCAGCAUCUGAACUUGACUUACAAUUCCUUUGGCGGGAACCUUCCAAGUAAUCUAAGUCAUUGUACACAACUUAGAGUGCUUGAUGUUGGUGCCAACAAACUUGUUGGGCAGAUUCCAGAGCAGCUCAAUUCAUUGUCAAAGUUGGUUUUCUUGCAACUUACUGUGAACAACCUUACAGGAAGUAUCCCAGCGUGGAUAGGAAACUUUUCUUCUUCAUCUUUUCUUGUCCUUGCGCGGAAUAAUCUACAAGGGUGCAUACCUAGUGAGCUUGGCCGUCUAUCGAGCUUGGAAUUUUUUCAACUUUAUGGGAAUAAUCUAUCCUGUACUAUCCCUCCUCAGAUUUAUAAUAUAUCUUCCAUAUUCUAUUUCUCUGUUACUAAAAACCAACUGCAUGGAAGCCUUCCACCAGAUGUUGGCCUUACUCUUCCUAACCUUGAAACAUUUGCCGGUGCUGUUAAUAGUUUCACUGGACCUAUUCCUGCGUCAUUGUCAAAUGCUUCUAGACUUCAGGUGCUUGACUUUUCUCAAAAUGGUCUCACUGGAUCGGUGCCUCAAAAUCUAGCAAGAUUGAGCGGCUUGGUUAGACUUAAUUUCGAAACAAAUAGACUUGGAAAUGGAAAAGUUGGGGAACUAAAUUUUCUCGGUUCUUUGGCUAACUGCACUAGUUUGGAGGUCUUGGGUCUUGAUUAUAAUCAAUUUGGUGGAAUACUGUCCAACUCCAUAGCCAACCUUUCAUCCCAGCUAAAUAUUCUUACUCUUGGUGGAAAUAUGAUGCAUGGAGGAAUCCCGAUUGGGAUUGGGAACCUUGUUAACUUAACCGAUUUGGGAUUAGAAUAUAACUAUUUGAGUGGUCAUCUCCCGGAUACUCUUGCGCGCGAAGCUACCAAAGUUACAAUUACUAUAUUUGAACUAUAA